UGGCACACAACUACACAAGUGGUACCACAAGACUAACAAACAUAAGCAAAGCUCCAAAAAAAAAAAAAGAGGAGUGAUGUUUUUUGCACUUUCCUAAUGAAGUUUACAGAAUGAGUAAACAAAGGUUUCCACCUUAUCACCUCCCAACAAACUCAAGAUGAAGCCAUAAUAUACAAGUAUAAUAUUGAUUUGAUUAAAAUCAAAAUCCAAACUGAAUUGAUUUGAUUCCCUUUAUCACUCAGCCUUCUUCCUUUUAUUAUCUUCAUCAUCACCUCAACUUGCUAUCUUACAACCCAAAAAUGUCACCUACACCUUCAUCAGAUCAGGCCACCACCACCACCACCACCACCACCUACCUCCACACCCUCCUAGACUCAGCCAGACCAUUCCUCCGCGGCGAGCUGGAAAACAUCGACCCCAAACUCCCUUCCCUGGUGGCUGUCCUCCGCUCUGUAGGCGCAGGGGAGUGUUGGCAUAAACACGGAAGCUUCCUUGAUCACCUUGUUGACAUUUAUCGUAUUCUCAAACUCUGGGGUGUUUGUGAUGCUGUCUGCCUUUGCGGCCUCUUUCACUCUGCUUAUUCCAACUCCUAUGUCAACCUCGCCAUCUUUGAUCCCUCCACCGGCCGUGACACCGUCCGAGCUUAUGUCGGAGAUAAAGCCGAAAGCCUCAUCCACCUCUUCUGCAUCGUCCCAAGACAACCCCUUAUUCAUGAACAACUCAUCUUUCAGUACUCUGAUUCUGAGCUUGUUCAACACUUGAAGGCGUCUGAGAGUUCACUUCGAGAUAUCAAAGAGAACGGAUUACUAUCGUCGUCAGGCAAGAAUAAUCCCAGUAAAGACGAGAAAUGGAGGCAGAAGAUCAACUCUUUGGUUCCUGAAGAUGGGUUAGUAGUGAAGCAUAUCAAGACAGGGGAAGAUAUCAGGGUUUCUAGGAGGAUUAUCUCUAUCUUUGUGUUAAUGACAAUAGCUGAUUUCAGUGAUCAGCUCUUUAACUUUCAGGAUGUGUUGUUUGAUAAUGCAGAUGGUAAGCUUGAAUUCUCAGGCAAUAAUGUUCAGUCUUUGUGGCCCGGAAAUGGGAAACCGGGCCUUUGGCUACAUUCACUGUCAAAGAUGGCAGCAGUUUAUAUGCUGCUUGUUAGGGAAGAAGAGAUUAUGAUACAUGAGAGGAAAAUGAAAAUGAAAAAAGCUGAUGACGAAAUUACAGAGGUUUUAAAAUCAAGAGAUGAAGAUAUAGAGCUGAUUGUACCACCAGUUUUUGAAAACUGUACAGCGGUUUUGAACUCAGAGGAUCAGAUAGAAGCUAGAGAUUUGUAUUGGGAAGCUGUUUGUGAGUAUGAGAAAAUAGGGUUGGAAAAAGCUGAAGAGUUUUUGUUAAAGAGUAUUGAGAAGAACCCUUUUGUUGGGGAGCCUCAUGUGGUUUUGAGUCAGCUGUAUUUAGGAAAAGAGAGGUUUGAGGAAGCGGAACGAGAGGCGGAGAGAGGUUUGGUUCUUUUGCUUGAAUGGGGAAGUCCAUGGGAUAAGAGGAUGUCUUGGGAAGGUUGGAUUGCUUGGGCAAGAGUUUUGUUAAUGAAAUCUAAGGAAAAUUCUUGGCCUCAGACUUCUUGGGGCAUCCUUAACUUAGGGCUUGUAAAAUAAAUUAGUGUAUCGAUUAGUCGAUAAACUUGUAUUACUGUCAUCCUGCUAGUGUGUGCUUCUGUGCAAUAAGGUGUAUCAGUUUAGCUAUUAUAUUAUGAAGUAUAUUGGCUCUGUUCUCGUUAACUUA